AUGUCGAACCAAAAACCAGAGGGGAGGGUGUUCACCUUUGUAGACUAUGACAUUAACCGACGCGGAGUCACCGAGACAGCACGCGCGCACUUGAUGAAGGAUCGUGUGCGGUCCAAGAGAGAGGCUCGAUCAGAAUGGGUUUCUCGAAAUCAGUUCUCGCCGUUGCGAUGGAUGCGGCCAAAAGAGGAAAAUGCGCAGUCAAAUCCAGAUGGUUCCAAUGCAACACCCUCCGGAUCGGGCGAAUCAGACGGGGCGACCAAACACGGCAUCUCCCAUUAUGCAGCCGUCAUCGACUUCCAGAGGGACAGUGUCACGGUGUCACCAUUUCUGAGGAAGCCUCGUUCAGAGUCACCGCGGUCGAGAACUGCAGCUAAAGGCGAGCCACGGACAAAGGGGGGGAGCCAGGGCAACAAGCCGUCUCAACGGACCACGAUCGACAGGAAGCGACGGGCAGAGUCGCCGAGGGAGAGCGACCUGGCAGAGGACUCCAGAUUAAGCAACUCUCCAUUUCCCUUUACCGACACCGAAUCGCCCAGCUCCAGCGCCAGCGCCUAUGAUGCGGAGCGUCAUUCUCCGCAGCUGCCCUCUAAAUCGCGAAGGCCGAGCACGGAGAGUCGAUCAGAAUUCGGGUUAUCGUUUCUCGAGAGCCUGAAGAUCGAAAACACGCCCCCGGGGCAGCAGGCGACCCUCCAAGAGCGCCUUUCAGGCUCCGAAGAAGAACCCCAAUGCACGGUGGUGCGGGAACUCCAACAGUCGGUCGAAGGGUCGCGUAUUGUCUUGACGCCCACCGAUCGUAAUUUGAUCCGGUACUUCGCGCUAAACGCAGCAUCCAUGUUGGGCUUGGACGUUUACCCGGAUAUCGUGCACAAACACGACCCUGUGCUGCAGCUGUUUAUCCCAUUCGCUGUGUCAAGCCAAUGGUGUUUUGAGACCAUGAUACUACUAUUCAGCGCCAACCAUUACCGCAAACACGGACCCCAGCCAGAGAGCGAUCUGUUCGAUGCCGAGAACCACUAUCUCGCCGCUCGACAGAACUUCAUCCUUGCACAAACCCGGCAGAGGAUAUCUGCCCUGGCCAAUCAUAAGGACUCGAGUGAUGAAGACGUCGUGGCUUUUUUGUUCUUGGCCCUUUCAGAGUACUGUGCAGGCCACCGACAGAUUGGCCUCAUGCACUUCAAAGCGUGGAAAGAAUAUUGCGAAAUGCGACGAGUACUUGGCAUCAGGCCCUGUGGCCUGCCCUGCAAGACCAUUGUAUGGUGGUGUAUCUCGGUCUUGACUGAGAGUGACGUAUUGCUGGACUCUAUAAUCAAUCCAUCCACGAGAGCUCGAGUCAGGGAAGACCCAGGGAAGCUCUUUAGGUAUUUUGAGAGUUUCAGUGCAGAGCAGUCCGGUGACACGAGCUUGUCGGUACCGGCAAAGCUGGACAGGCGGAUUACCUGUUGA